AACGCUUUGUGCUCCUUUGCCUUCCUGUGUAAUCCCAGUUGCGCUGAAUCGCCGAGUCCUUCGGCAUAUGAUUAGGUGCGUGCUUACGUACCACAUGGGAGUUGUACCGUCUACGAUGGCAACAGCGGUCCAAACGUUCAGCUGCGGAUGAAGCUGCGUGCUUACGUACCACAUGGGGUAUGACAGUGCAUGAGUAAGGUCUCAUUUCCGCAGUGAAUGUUUUUGGCUUCCUGGCCUUGGCUGCAUCCCACUGUGCCUUCGGCAGCGCUUCGAAACGAACGACCUGGCAAUAUAUAAGCUGAUGACAUUCAGGAUGUAAAAUCCAGAAUUCAGUAACACGACACAACACAGCAUGUCUGAAGCACCUUUCAAGUCCUUUGCUAUUGUCGGCGCAGGCCCUAACAUCGGGAUUCCUAUCGUGAAGGCAUUCCUGGCGAUUGGCGCUCCAAUUCUCGUCAUCACCCGACCAACCUCCACAAAUACCUCUGCACUCCCCAAGGAUGAUCCCAACCUGAAGGUUGUGCGUGCAGACUAUACAUCUGCAUCUGAGAUCUCGGCAAUCCUUCGUGAAAACAAAGUAGAAGUUCUCAUUUCUACUGUUACAUUUGUUUUCGGAGGCGUAGCUGCCCAGGACGUUCUCGCGGACGCUGCAAAGGAGGCGGGUGUGAAGCUCUUUGUACCCAGCGAGUUCGGCGUAUCAUCGCCAGGAGUUGGUCUGGCUCAUGAAAAGCGUGCCUUUGCAGUGUAUGCAAAAUCCAUUGGAUUGCCCACUCUCCGUAUCUUUAAUGGAUUUUUCCAUGACUUCUUGCCGUGGCUCACUGCAGUCACUGAGACUGGCAAGUUUCAUAUCGUGGGCAAAGGAGAUAUGCCGGGAUCCUUCACUGCGCAAUCCGACGUUGCAGGAUACGUGGCUCAUAUUCUUACUACUCAACCACCAUCCCGUCUACUUGAUGUUGAAGUUCACAUCGAAGGACAACGCGCAACGCUCUCGGAGAUUGGUGCCCUAUACAAGGGCAGUGUACCUGUGGUACACUGUGAUGCCCUUCCUACAGAGGGUGUAGUCGCCGCGGACUUCGGUACGAAAUUACAGCAGAGCUUUGACGUCGGAAAUGCAAGUAGCGGCUGGAACCCCGACACAGAGACGGAUGACGCGGAAUUGGCGAGCAAGGACAAUUCACUGUGGGAGGGGCACCGCUGGUUGACUAUUGGGGAGGUUCUUGGGUUAUAAUGAUAUGUACGUGCACGAGACUUUGUGGAACUAGGUACUCUUUAAGAUUUACAGUAGGGUGGGCUUUUUAAUUGUGAAGUAGGACUAAUAUUAAUUAGGAGCUUUAUGGGGUACGAUAAUGGCAGAUGUUCUUAUAUCGUGCAGAAUUAAAGGGAACGUUUGCUCGGA